AGCGCUUCGGCAAGAUUGAUUUUGACUGGCUCAAACACUUAACACGAUCGUAGAGCGUUCAACAUCACAUCGUUGAUCGCUCGUUCGUUUGUUCGUGUGGUCGGCUGUGAGCUCUGACGGUUAUAAAAGUAGCAAGGACAUACGUAUGGGCCAUUAGUCGAAAUCUAUUAACGCACAACGCGAAGUCGUCUAAACUCGGCGUUGGUGAGAGUUCAAAAAUUAAUUGUUCAAAUUAAAGAAAAUAAAAAGUAUUUAAGCGCGCAUCACUUUCAAUAUAUUACAAAUGAAGUGAAUAAAAAAUAUGCAUCAAAUAAUUAAAUAAACCAUACAAAAAAAAAAUAUGUUAAAAAUUUAAAUGUGCAAAUAAAACAAUUUUUCAUAAAAACUUCAACUGUUAAGUGUGUAUAAAUAACUGAAAAAUAGACUGAAGGUUUUAUACCAAAUAACUUAAAAAAAAACUCAUCCAAAAAAUUCCAAAUACUGCCAAAAUGUUUGCAGGAUCAUAUUUUAUAAAAUUGAUAACGCGACAAUGCACAAGCAAUGAUGUGCAGCAUCUGAUGUUCGUCUUUCUUGCGGUACUUGUGGUGAUUUGCUUUCUGCAAAGGCUGCUAGAUGCCUAUUUUGAGCUACGCAAGUUACCGCCGGGUCCGUGGGGUUUCCCCGUUAUUGGCUAUCUCUUCUUCAUGGGCAAUGAGAAGCAUACACGCUUCAUGGAGUUGGCCAAGCAAUAUGGUUCGCUGUUCUCAACGCGACUGGGCAAUCAAUUAACCGUAGUGAUGAGUGAUUAUAAAAUGAUACGUGAAUGUUUUAGGCGUGAGGAGUUCACCGGCAGACCGGAUACGCCGUUCAUGCAAACACUUAACGGAUUUGGCAUUAUUAAUAGUACUGGCAAUUUAUGGAAGGAUCAGCGUCGUUUUUUGCAUGAAAAACUUCGUCAAUUCGGCAUGACCUAUAUGGGCAAUGGAAAACAUGUAAUGGAGAAGCGUAUAAUGAACGAAGUACACGAAUACAUUCACAAUUUACGCGUAUCUGAAGGUCAACCCAUGGACAUGGCGCCCGCUAUUAGUGUAGCCGUCAGCAAUGUCAUCUGCAAUAUUAUGAUGUCCGUACGUUUCUCUAUUGAUGACCCCAAAUUCCGUCGUUUCAAUUUCCUCAUCGAAGAGGGAAUGCGUUUGUUUGGUGAAAUACACACUGUCGACUAUAUACCCACCGUACAGUAUUUCCCCUCGAUUUUGACUGCCAAAACGAAAAUCGCUAAGAAUCGCGAGGAGAUGCAACAAUUCUAUCGUGAUGUUAUCGAUGAACACAAAAAGACUUACGAUCCUGCGAAUAUACGCGACUUAGUUGAUUUCUAUUUGGCUGAAAUCGAGAAGGCAAAAGACGAGGGUCGUGAUGAGGAGCUUUUCGAUGGCAAAGAUCAUGAGGAACAAAUCGUACAAGUCAUAAUAGAUCUCUUCUCCGCGGGCAUGGAAACGAUCAAAACCACUCUCCUCUGGAUUAAUGUAUUCAUGCUGCGCAAUCCUGAAGCGAUGAGACGCGUACAAGAGGAGCUCGAUCAAGUUGUCGGUCGUCAUCGUCUGCCGUCCAUUGAGGAUUUACAAUUUUUACCAGUGACUGAAUCGACAAUUUUGGAAUCGAUGCGCCGGUCAUCGAUUGUACCACUAGCGACCACUCACUCGCCAACAAGAGAUGUCGAAGUGAAUGGUUACAAAAUCCCCGCCGGCUCACAUGUCAUCCCACUUAUCAACAGCGUGCAUAUGGAUCCCAACCUCUGGGAGAAGCCUGAAGAAUUCAAUCCACGUCGCUUUCUCGACUCCGAGAGUAAAGUGCGCAAACCCGAAUACUUCAUACCCUUCGGUGUGGGUCGUCGCAUGUGUCUUGGCGAUGUGCUGGCGCGCAUGGAGCUCUUCCUCUUCUUCUCCUCAUUUAUGCACUGUUUCCAUAUAACGCUACCCGAAGGUCAACCAUUGCCCAGCUUGAAAGGUAAUGUGGGUGCCACCAUUACACCGGAGGCAUUCAAGGUAUGUCUGACGCCGCGACCACUUACCCUGAACACACACACUGUGGAGCCACAUCAUAUGCGCAAUGUAGGCUCAAAUUAAGCAGCAGUGGCAGAAUGAAUAGCGAAUGAAUGAAAUAGCGCGCACGUGAAAUAUUGAGGUGCAUGCGUUACAGUGGCAACGCGUAGCUGAGAGAAAGAGCUGAAUAAUGAUGAUAUGAUUCGCGAGUGUACGCGCGCAUACAUUGAGAUUCCAGGGCACGGUUUUGUUCCUAAUUGACGAUAGUCGAUAAAACCAACAAACUUUUUUAAUGACAACAACAAAUAAGCUAUACGAUUUAAAGAAUUAUAGAAUGAACUAUAGUUGAUAAAUAAUGCAUGCAGAUGGAGAGAGAGCAGAAUUAUGAAGAAUGAAGUAAAGGUAUUUUUCUAGCUUUUUAAGAGAGUAUGAGGGCGGGACAAAGAUAUUGAAAGAGAAAAAUUGUUUUCACAACAACAGUUACAAUGUCUUGGCUGUUUAGUAUUUUUGUACAAAAAUUUCAAGAUAAUCAAGUAACAUUUGCCAAUUGAAAUAAUUUUUAUUACCACAUAAAAACUACAUAAGCAAGUAAACUUACAGAAUUUGGCGUAUAUGCACAGGUACAUAAAAUAUACGAGUAUAAAUAAAGCCACUUUGGCAACAGCUUAAGGGGCAGUUAGUCUGGACUUAACCGGCAUAACUUAACGUAACUUAAAUUAAUU